AUGAGCCGAAACACAUUAUUUCGGGCUGCUUCAACCGGUGAUACUCAUGCCAGAGAAGAAUUAGAGAAGUUCACAGGAAUUGUAGAUGAGGAAAAUCACUGGACUAUCCUUCACAAGGAAUCCUGGGAAGGCGAUGCAAGUCAUGUUAAAUUCCUAGUAAAGGAGUUUGCAAACAAAAAUUUAUUAGUCAAGGUGGAUACAUCAGGACAAACUGCACUUCACUUAGCAGCACAACGUGGACACGUCGAGGUCGUUGAGGCCCUUAUCGAAGCAGCCCGGAGCUUGCCUUAUAAACCGGUUAGUGCUUUCUCAGCUUUGGUGAGGCAUGCUAACGAUUGGAGGAGCAGUAGUGCUGGAAUUUCCUCAGCUAAUAAUGAAGAUUUACAAUGUAAACCGGUGAGUGCCGAGUUCUUAGCAUUUGUGAGGCAUGCUAAUAAUUGGAAGAACACUGCCUUACACCGAGCCGUGCAAUUUGGUCAUCUGGGAAUUGUUAUUCGGUUAGUCCAGGCAGACCCAAGUGAUAGACAUAUUCAAAACUCUAUUGGCCAAACUCCACUCUUUCUUGCGGCUAAAUUGGGGAAACAUGAUAUGGUCAAGACCAUAUGUUCAUUUUGUAAAGCUCAUCUCUAG